GCAUUGUUUGAGGUACGGCGUCUGACGGAUCCUUUUCCAACCUGAAUAUUUCUAAAAAAUCUUACAAGAUAAUUGAAAAUGUCGUUUAUUAACGUGACACCAGAAAGUCAUUUCCCAAUCCAGAACCUUCCAUAUGGUGUGUUCUCAACGACUAGUAACCCAAAGCCCCGCAUUGGUGUUGCUAUUGGAGACCAAAUUCUUGACCUUAGUGUUGUUAAAACAUUGUUUGAAGGACCAGUACUGGCGAGCCAGCAAAAUGUUUUUGAGGAGAGCACUUUAAAUGCCUUAAUGGGAUUGGGUCGUGCAGCCUGGACGGAGGCUAGAGAAACCAUACAAGAAUGUUGUCAGGCUAAUGAACCCAUACUCCGAGAUAAUGCUGCACUCAGGCAAAGAGCGUUUGUAUCUCAGACAGAAGCUGUCAUGCACAUGCCUGCUAAGAUUGGAGAUUACACAGACUUUUACUCAUCGAAGAAUCACGCCUUUAAUGUCGGGGUGAUGUUCCGUGGGAAAGACAAUGCUUUGAUGCCAAACUGGACACAUAUCCCGGUAGGUUACCACGGCAGAGCUUCUUCUGUUGUUGUAUCAGGUACACCAAUCCGGCGCCCAAACGGCCAGACUAGACCUGAUGAUACCAAACCACCACAAUUUACUAGUUGUAAAUUACUGGAUUUUGAACUGGAGAUGGCAUUCUUCACCGGCCCAGCGACUAAGCUAGGAGAAACUGUGCCCAUAGAGAAGGCAGAAGAUUAUAUAUUUGGAAUGGUCUUAAUGAACGACUGGUCAGCUAGAGAUAUACAGAAAUGGGAGUAUGUGCCCCUUGGACCAUUCCUAGGUAAAAACUUUGGGACAACAGUAUCUCCAUGGGUGGUUACCAUGGAUGCAUUAAAGCCUUUUGUUGUGAAAAACGUGGAACAGGACCCAAAACCACUACCAUACCUUACCCAUGAGGAUGAUUUUAAUUUUGACAUCAAUCUUGAAGUAUCUCUGAAAUGUGACAGUUUGUCUACGCCUAAAACUUUAUGCCGCAGUAAUUUUAAAUACAUGUACUGGACAAUGAAACAACAACUUGCUCAUCACACUGUAACAGGCUGCAAUAUCAAUCCAGGGGACUUAAUGGGCUCUGGCACAAUAUCAGGGGAGACAGAGGAUUCCUAUGGUAGCAUGCUAGAAUUGUGUUGGAAAGGGACCAAACCUAUUGACCUUGGUGACGGCGUGACGAGAAAGUUCCUUCAAGACGGAGAUGAAGUUAUCAUGACAGGCUAUGGUGAAGCGAAUGGCUACAGGGUUGGAUUCGGGACCUGUUCCGGCAAAGUCCUACCAGCUGCGCCUAUAUAAAAACCAUGGAACAUUUUAUGUAAGACUAUGAAAUAGUGGUGACAAAAGCAAUGUGGUUUUCUUUAACUAAUUCAGGGACAUGGUUUGAAAAAAAUGAAUCUCCAGAAAUAAUAAUGAUGUGUUGAUGAUGAUAAUUCAAGGGAACAAAGUGUAUGAAAGUCCAUGGAAAUAGUUAAUUUAAAGGAACAUUAUAUAUUUGAAAGACCAUGGAAAAAGUUAAUUGAUUGGAACAUUAUAUAUGAAAGUCCAUGGAAAAAGUUAAUUGAUUAGAACAUUAUAUAUGAAAGUCUAUGGUGAAAGUUAAUUGAUUGGAACAAUAUGUAUGAAAGUCCAUGGAAAAAGUUAAUUGAUUAGAACAUUAUAUAUGAAAGUCAAUGGCAAAAGUUUAUUAAAUGGAAAUGGAACAAUAUGUAUGAAAACCCAUUGAAAUAGUUAUUUUAUAGGAAUAUUAUGUUUGAAAGUUCAAUGAAAAAAGUUAAUUUUAGGAACAUUAUGUGUGAACAUCUAUGAAAAGAUUUAAUUUAUAGGAAUAUUAUGUAUGACAGUCCAUGGAAAUAGGUAAUUCAUGGGAACAUGUUGUGUAAAAGACCAUAGAAAUUUAUGAAUCUCCCUAGCAAUAUAGUUUUGAAUGAUUACAAUAAUGUAACCAUGAUAUUAUGUGAUAACUCAUGGUGGAAAUGUUUAUGAAAAUGUUUAGUAAAAGUCCAUGGAAAUAUGAAUCUCAUUUAAUUAAAGGUUUACCCUACUAUUUUUGCAACAAAAGUUCUAGAAAUUUAAAAAAAAAUGUAUUUCCAUGGUUAUGGUGGUUUAAUAAUUUGUUAUAGCAACAUAUCAAAAAGAUAUUUAUGGAAAAAGUAACUAGAAUCUACAUAGUAAUAGUGUUUUGAAUACUUGUCAAGGACACAGGUCUUAAAUAAUUUAUGGAAUGAUCUCAUUUAUUAGAAAAGGACUUAUAGUCAGUCAUAAUUCAGUAUUCAUACUCUAAUGUUUUUAUGUACUUUCAUUCUUUUUUUUAACCACAAUCUAAGAAAACUUACAAAGAAAUACUGGGUUAUUAAAAUUUGGAUUGAGGUCAAAUAAAUUUUAUUAUCAGGUCAAAUGAACUAAAAAAAAAAAAUCAAGGCAGGGGAGGUAACUAUUGCCCCUGUUAAUAGACUUACUCUAAGAAUAUUAAGAAUAUUUGGGGGUUUCCCAGCUAUUAACGUAGGUACAAACAAACUUUUACGGUAACCGCUUGGAAAAUAAGCGAAACAGGUUGACUUAUCUAUUGGGAAGGGUAUUGCACAGUGAAGCUAUAAAGGAAAAAGUGAGUUUGUAUUUUACAUUUUCCAUUUUAAAACUGUCAUUCCAUUUUUGUGUCGCCUUAAAAGGCGACAUAUAGGGGUUACUUUUGUCAGCGGCGUCCGUGUUGGCGGCGUCGUUGUCGGCGUCCCCUAAAGCUUGUCCGGAGCAUAACUCAGUCACUAUAAGUCUGAGUGACUUCAAACUUGGUAUGCAUGCUUCUUUCAAUAACCCGAAGUGCAGUGCACAAGGACCAGUACUUUGCAGUUCUUAAUUUUUGAGUUAUUGCCCUUUGUUAAUUUUUUCAUACUUUAAUUUUGUAUGGGCCAUUUCUCUUCAACUAUAAAAGCUAUGGACUCGAAACUUCAUAGGAUGAUAGAUCUCAUUAAGAAAAAGUGCAGUGCACAAAAACCGGUACUCUGCAUUUCCUAAUUUUUGAGUUAUUGCCCUUUGUUAAUUUUCAUACUUUAUUUUUGUCCGGGCCAUUUCUCCCAAUGUAUAAAAGCCAUGGACUUAAAACUUCAUAGGAUGAUAGAUCUCAUUAAGAAGAAGUGCAUUGCACAAGAACCAGUACUCUGUAUUUUUUUAUUUUUUGAGUUAUUGCCCUUUGUUAAUUUUCAUACUUUUUUUUUGUCAUGGUCAUUUCUCCUAAAGUAUAAAAGGUAUGGACUUGAAACUUCAUAGGAUGAUAGAUCUCAUUAAGAAGAAGUGCAGUGCACAAGAACUGGUACUCUGCAUUUCUUAAUUUUUGAGUUAUUGCCCUUUGUUAAUUUUCAUACUUAAUUUUUGUCCAGGCCAUUUCUCCGAAAGUAUAAAAGCUAUGGACUUGAAACUUCAUAGGAUGAUAGAUCACAUUAAGAAGAAGUGCAGUGCACAAAAACCAGUACUCUGCAGUUCUUAAUUUUUGAGUAAUUGCCCUUUGUUAAUUUUCAUACUUUAAUUUUGUCCUGGUUAUUUCUCUUCAACUAUAAAAUCUAUGGACAUGAAACUUCAUAGGAUGAUAGAUCUCAUUAAGAAAAAGUGCAGUGUACAAGAACCGGUACUCUGCACUUCUUAUUUGUGAGUUAUCACCCUUUAUUAAUUUUCAUACUUUAUUUUGUCCAGGCUUUUUCUCAUAAAUUAUAAAAGAUAUGGACUUGAAACUUCAUAGAAUGAUAGAUCUUAUUGAUAAGAAGUGCUGUGCACAGAAACUGCUUCUCUGCACUUAUUAUAUUUUGAGAUAUUACCCUUUGUUAGUUUUCAUAUUUCAUUUUUGUCCUGGCCAUAUCUCCUAAACUAUAUUGUUCACAAGGCGACACAUCCGACUCGCGGAGUUCUAGUUUUAUACACUGCUUCUGUUUUGUCUGGUUCCCUGUCCUAUUAUGGGCCCCGCAGAACUGGCAGGAGAACAGUCUACGUAUCUGUUUUCAAUCAGAAUUUCUCAGCUUUUGUCGUAAUCUUGUAAUUUGAAAAGUGUCAAACGAUUUGUUAAUUUCCCACUUCUGACAAAAGUUUUCAAAACCAUCACUAUUUAGAAGGUACUCUCGUUACCAUAUAGCUGCUCUUCCUGCUCACUAUAAAGAAUUUUUAAUUCUAUUGCUGGUGAAAAAUGAAGCAAUCAUAUUAAACCAGUACAUUGUGCAUUAGAAAUCAUUAUAUAUUUUGAUUUUAGAGGAUAUUCUUUUCCUUUUCCUUUUCUUAUUAUUGGAUGGUGAGUCAUUUGUUUUUGAUAGACAACUUUAUUUUGUGCUCUAAUCAUGUGUUGUUAAUGAACAAAAUUGUAAUGUUUUUUGUUGUGUGUAUUUUCUUAUAAUAAUCUUAAAAAUCUUAAUGUUAAGUGAUACCUUAAUAAACAAUUUAUGACAACUGA